UCUCACUCUCUAUAAAUAGACUCUGCAUGGCUCUCACUCUCUCCUCACCAAAAAACCUUGAGCCAAAUAAUCAAUAACCUCCUUAAACUUUCUCGAUCGCUUUUUUUUGCUUCAAGAAAAUUAAAAAUGCAAUACCAGACAGAAUCGUGGGGAUCAUACAAGAUGAACAAGAUAGGGUUCGGCGGUGUGGGGAUGGUGGCUGACACUGCAGGUCUGCUUCGCAUAGAGUCUCUGGCGGCAGAGAGCGCUGUGGUGAUAUUCAGCGUGAGCACGUGCUGCAUGUGCCACGCCGUGAAGGGUCUCUUCCGAGGAAUGGGCGUCAGCCCCGCCGUCCACGAGCUCGACCUCCACCCCUACGGCGGCGACAUCCAGCGAGCCCUCAUCCGUCUCCUCGGCUGCUCCGGCGCCUCUUCUCCCGGGUCUCUUCCGGUCGUCUUCAUCGGCGGUAAACUUGUUGGAGCUAUGGACAGAGUCAUGGCUUCCCACAUCAACGGCUCUCUCGUUCCUCUUCUCAAAGACGCCGGCGCUCUCUGGCUUUAAUGAUUGAUACCUCCCUCCCUUGUGCUUUUCUUUCUUUUUCUUUUUGUGAGCUAGCUAUCUCUAAUUAAUGUCUUAAGAGAAUGAGAUGAGGAAGUUAAUUAGGAAAAAACUAAAAUCGAUCGAUGACAGGUUAGGUUUUAUAUAUAGUUUGUAAUUAGAGAGACUUGUGCGUUUGUUUUAAAGCUCACCUUUGUCUCCUAUCUAUUAGAUCCUUUCAUAUCGAAUCAAAGACAGUUCUUGUUA